ACAAGGGUUUUGUAGGGCAUUGUUGUGAAGUUAUUUGUAGGUUAUGUGCACAGUGUUAUGAAUAGUACAAGCACCACCUAUAAACAUAUCUAAGAUGAGAUAAAUCAAAUUUUCUAUCUCCCUCUGAAAACCCGCGCCAAACAUAACAAUGUUUUACCUUUUGCACGAGAUUGGGGGGUUGUUAAUUAGAGUGAAGUGCUUGCAAUAUAUUUGCUGAGGAAAGAAAUACAUGGACUCAGUAUUUUUGUUCAUUUAUGUGACGGAAACCACCAUUUCCUUCGAGGAAAUUAAAUGAUCAGAGGGAAUUGGAGGUCACUGGGGUAUCGCGAAGUGGCAGAGUUCGAAAAAAAUCCUCAAAACUCACGGAUUUCGAAUCCCCGGACGACCUGGCCGAUAGUAAAUUAAAACGACAGCAAAAAGCACAGCAGCAACUUCACGCCCAACAGAUGUUGGAACGAUUCGAGGCGCAGCAGAGUCAACGUCAACCCUCACCAGGGCAGACAACCAGUCCAACUAUCAAUCGUCCAAGGAAAAAUUCUGGAACACACAUGUCACCUCAACACCCUAUCAAGCAAGAGAUGCCAUUCGAUCCUCCAGCUGAGGAGCCUUCCUCAGAUUCAGAGGAUGCUGACGAUCUGAAUGAAGACGACAAGUUUUCGAUGGAGUCUGGGAGCGAAGAGGAGGUGGAUCCUCUAAUGAUUGAUGAGAAGGAUACUGGCGGGUUUAAAAGGCUGGAGCCACCUGAGCAGGAGGCAUCAUCACAGGCCAACAGUCUCUACAUGUUGGAGAAGAGCAAGAAAAAAUUGAUCAUCAAGAAUGGGAAGAUCAUAGGACGGAUGAAGGCUCAGAGGAAAGAUAAAGGGAAAACAAGAUUCACCGCGUACAUGCUGUGGGCUAAAGAGGUAAGACAGGAAUUACUCGAGCAAAAUUCAUCGAUGGAUUUUGCAACAAUCUCAAAACGCCUCGGUGAAUUAUGGGCAACAGUUCCCAACCUCGAGAAAUACAAUUGGCGAAGGAGAGCAAAACGUUUGGCAUCAAAACCAAACGCCCAAGCAACUAUCAAAGAGCUCUCUGCCUGGAAACUCUCACCCCCGAGUAAUACUCGUAAGAAAUUCAUCAACAGAGCUGUUAACGGAAAGCUGCAAAAAUCUCCAAGUCCUAAAAAAAAUCUUCAACUUUUGCCAACCACCCGGGUGAUCAAGACUCCUGACUUCUCACCCUCCCCUCGACACGGCAAAGACCCUCACGAUCUAUCCGUCGGUCCAGGAGCAUUCAAAGUAGCUGGUACUCAACCCCUUGAUGUUGCUGCUCAUCUGAAACUGCUGGGCGAAAGCCUAACCAUAAUUGGAGAACGACUAAAGGAACACGACGGUCAAAUUGCUGUGUCUGGCAGCUUAUCGGUACUCCUAGACUCCUUCCUCUGUGCCCUGGGUCCCCUUAUGUGCCUUACCCAACAAAUCCCAGAAGCUAAUGGAGCCGAGGCUGACACGUUAUCCGAAGUUCUAGAUAACAUUGCAUACAUAAUGCCCGGUCUCUAAUUAAUUUAGGAUCCAUCAACCCCUUCCCUUUCGUUUAAUGUUUUAUUGUAUUUUUAAAAAGAAAAAAAUGUUUUCGAGACGCAAAGAGUAUAUAAGAGCAUUUGACCAUGUUGUUAAAAAAUACGAUAAUUCAAGCAAAUAGUAAAUGGUAAAUUAUAUAUUUAAUGAUACAUAUGAUGAUUUAUAAAAAUAAAUAUAAAAUACAUUUAUGAUGAA